CCCAUUUUGCCAUUUGUUCAUAGUGGUAGCUUUGAGAUCUAAGAAUAUAAUUAUCUUUGAAAAGCGGUGCAUGCUUUUUUAUUUGAUCUACAAGUCGUUGUUAAGAAUUAAAAUCGAUCCUUGAAGCAAAUAAUUCUAACUAAAUUUCCCUCUAAAAGAGAAAUUACGAUCACAUAUAUAUAUAUAUAUAUUUAUAUACGGUUUUCAAUUCUUCACCAGUAUGAGCGAGAGGUUUUGUGUUGAUAGGUAGAGAGAGAUGGGGAUGAUAAUGUUUGUGGGAUUUGUGGCUUUAUUAAUGGGUUUUGGUUGCAGAUCAUCAUCAGCACAUGGUGGAGUUUCUGAGAGUGAGAUGAGAAAAAUCAUUGGGAUAAACAGUGAGGGUCCAUACUUGGGCAUUGUGGCGCCUAAUGCCUUUGAGUUGAACCCACUUCUCCAAUCUCCAAGCUUUGUGCCCGAUUCCCACCUUCCCUAUUUGGAUUUCGCAGGGAGGAGGUUCCGGCUGGGCCAGGUUGGAGAACAGAAGGUGAUCGUAGUCAUGACGGGACUGGGCAUGGUUAAUGCAGGCAUAGCGACACAGUUGCUGAUAAGCCUCUUCCAAUUGAAAGCAGUUCUGCACUAUGGAAUCUCAGGAAACGCAAACCCAAAUCUACAAAUCGGCGACGUGACGAUCGCCCGGUCCUGGGCUCACGCUGGCCUUUGGAACUGGCAGAGAUUUGGGGACGGGCCUAACGAUGAACUGGCAUUGGAAUCGAGUGGAGACUACACGAGGAAGAUUGGUUACCUUAAAUUCUCCGACUACAACAAUGGAACGGGAAAAGAGCAAGAGGAUGUGGACAACCUUCUGAACAGUGUUUGGUUUCAGCCGGAAGAGAUAUUUCCGGUGAACGGAACCCCAGAAGUCAGGCAGCAUGCCUUCUGGGUUCCUGCAGACCAGCAUUACUUUUCACUUGCACAAGCACUCAAGGGCUUGGAAUUGGAAAGUUGUGUCAACUCUACUUGCUUACCUAGAAAACCUAUUGUAGAGAGGGUGAAGAGGGCAAUGAGUGCUAAUAUCUUUGUUGACAAUCAAUCGUAUCGAGAUUUUUUGUACUCCAAAUUCAACACCACUUCUGUCGACAUGGAAAGCGCAGCCGUGGCUCUCAUCUGUCGACAACAAGAGACACCUUUUCUCAUAAUCAGGGCUUUGUCUGAUUUAGCUGGUGGUGGUUCUUCUGUGUCCAAUGAAGCUUCCACUUUCACCACACUUGCAUCUCAAAAUUCAGUCACUGUUCUAAUUAAGUUCAUCAACUUAUUGUCUUAAUAAAGUCAUGAUUGUAUGAUCAA